UUCACACCCUUUUUGAUGUCGUGGCUCUCUCGCUGGUAAUUCUAAAGCGCCGUCCCUCGAUUUUCCCCUUUUAUACCUCCUCGGUGUGUCGGUUUAUAUAGGUUUUGCAGAUAAACAUUUGAAGUUCGGUGUUUAGAAGUGUUGUGCCUCCGUCCUUACUGUAAUGGCUUUCGUCUCUUUCGUUGGUAGAGUUCUCUUCGCCUCUGUGUUCAUCCUCUCUGCUUGGCAAGAGUUCAAUGAGUUUGGUAUCGAUGGUGGGCCAGCAGCAAAAACUUUUGCACCAAAGUUCAAAGUUUUCUCAAGGCACGUGUCAUCUCAUACUGGGUUUCAAGUGCCACCUGUUGAAAUGAAGCAUGCAGUUGCUGCAGCAAUAGCCGUGAAGGGUGUUGGAAGCCUUCUUUUCAUCUUUGGUAGCUCUCUUGGUGCUUAUCUUCUGCUUGUGCACCAAGCAAUUGUUACUCCAAUAUUGUAUGAUUUCUACAACUAUGAUGCUGACAAGAAAGAAUUCAAUCAGCUUUUCAUGAAGUUCACACAGAACUUGUCACUGUUUGGGGCAUUGCUUUUCUUCAUUGGCAUGAAGAACUCAAUUCCAAGGAGACAGCUCAAGAAAAAGCCGCAGAAAUCAAAGAUAAUGUGAAAAAGGAACUAUUGACGUUGUGGAGAUUUAGCUUUCUAGACAGCUUCUUAAUGUUGAUUUUGCUGAAGUUUAGUUUUUGUAUGGUUGUAUCAGUUUUUUCUCUUUUAGAGGUUAGGGACCUAUAAUGGAGAAAAAGAAGAGGUUUUUUAAUUGUUGAGUUUGUGCUAUUGUAAUGUACUCUGCCAUUUAUGGCCACAAUUGAGGUUUAGAUGCGAAUUGCGAUCCUUUGUAAGUCUCAAAUUGGAAACGUUGUCUGUCCACUCCUGAUGGGAACUGGGGAAGUGGAGAAUCUGAUGUUGAAAUACGUUACCAGUUGUGCGUU